GGAGGAGGAGUGGACUCCAACAUGACGGGAGCGGGGCGGGAGUGUGUUGUUGGUCUUUGCGGAAUCUGACCCGCACAAGUAUUAUUAAUAGUGAAUCCGGGCCAAUGAGACGUACCAGCUUCACUGUCUCAGAUGAAAUGCGAAAAUGUGAUCUGGAUCUGCUGCUGUGCCGGGUAGAAGCUCCCCCGCGGCCGCUGCGCGGAUGACAGGCUCCAUGAAGAGGCGACCUGGACGCAUCCUACAGCCCACAUGCCCGCAGCCUGCGAAAGAAGAUCGGUUCCAGUGGACCUGUAACCUGUGCCAAGACAGCCACAAAACUCAGGUGUGGCUUUGUUUCUUAAUUCUGAGCUGCUUGAGUAUAUGCACGAGUGCUACUUUUGUAAGUGAAACGGAAGAUCUACAGACGUGUUUGGAAGAGCUGAGAGACAAGUUGGAGAAAUCCGACGCAAAGCUGUAUUCACCUUCAGUUAAUGACUUUAAAGAUAACUGUAUAAAUAUGACCCUCAAAUGUUACAUGUUGGAACUGAAGAUGGUCAUUUAUGAAGAGGAUAUACAGGAUAGUAAAGCAAGUUGCAUCUUUCAAUUCUCUGAAGCACUGCGGCCGGAGACUGGCUGUCCACCAUGUGAAAUAUACACACUUGCAAAUAUUACAAAUUUCCUGGAAAGACUAACGACUAUUUUACAAAAAAUCAAUGCUCGUCAAAAUGAAAAGUAAACAUAGGAACCUUUAAUGUAAAUAUUGUAAGGUACAAAUUUUUAUGUGUAUAUAUUUGUGCCUUUAUUGUAAAUAUUGUAAGGUACACAUUUUUAUAUAUGUAUAUAUUUGUAGAUAAGUGUUUUUAUUUUGUAUCAUAUUGUAACCAUGACAACCUGUGACAGUCUUUAAGAAUGAAUGAAAUGUUUGCUAUUAUUUUGUAUUAUACAGUCUGCAGUUUGGAUGUGUAGCAUGCCAGUCUUUUCCAUACAUGUUUUUCAAACCUCACAAACACUACUGAAUGCAAUACCUGUUGAACAAUGUAUGUGUGAUACCAACUCCAGUGUCGUCAGUAUCUUUACUACAGUAUUUACCCACUCCAGUAAAUAAUAUCUCAAUC